CAAGAGCAACUCGCAAAAUCUAAGCAUUAUACAGGAAUGGAAAUGGAGUCAUACGCUCUCUUCCAAUUCACAAACAACCCUUCUGAAUUCUCACCGGAGUCCUCCUUCGGUUCGUCGCUCGAUUCUUUCUCGUGGGACGACGCGUUGCUCGAAACGUUCAACAAUGAUAUGAUGAACUUUCCACCAUUCAACACGGAUGAUCACCAAGACGUUUUGCAGCUCGAUACUGUGGCUGAAGAUCAACCACCAUUGGUGGCGGAGGAGAGUCAAGGGAUCAACUGGUUCGGUGGAGCUGUAAAGGAAGAGGAGGUCACUUCCAAUUCCAAUGUCUUCCAAGUGUUUAAAGAGAAACCCAGAAAGGAAAAGUCGUACAGAGGAGUCAGGAGGCGGCCUUGGGGGAAGUACGCAGCCGAAAUAAGGGACUCGACGAGGCAUGGCGUGAGGGUUUGGCUUGGCACAUUCGACAGUGCUGAGGCAGCUGCUUUGGCCUAUGACCAAGCUGCAUUUGCGCUGAGGGGGCCUUUAGCCGUGCUCAAUUUUCCGGUGGAAGUUGUGAGGGAGUCACUUCAAGAAAUCAAGUGUAAAUACGACGUCGGAUGCUCGCCGGUUGUGGCACUCAAGAGGAAGCACUCGAUGAGAAGAAAGUCGGUGUGCAAGAAGAAUAAAGAGCAAGAGAACCCUAAAACCUCGAUUUCUUUCAAUGUAGCAAAGAAGAGAACGCAAGAGAACGUAGCAUCCUCAAAUGUUGUUGUGUUAGAGGAUUUGGGUGCUGAAUACUUGGAGGAACUAUUGUACCAAAGCUCAUGUGAAAGUGCUAGUCUUUCUUGCUAAUCUUUUCUUGGGUAGCUACCACUUGUUUUUGCACUUUUGGAGUUUUGGGUCAGUUUGACCGUGUUCUUUUAUCUCCUUUUUUUUUCGACCUUUCGGAUCAAAGAUCCAAGUUAAGAACCGAAGGCGUCAUUAGGGCCUAGUAAGUUUUAUUAAUUAAUCGCUCCUUCUGCCUCUUUGUAAAGUUGAAAAUUGAUGGAAUCUAA